AUGAGCAAAGAAAUCCCUGAAGAUCUAAGAAAAGAAAUCACUGAAGAUCAAAAUGCAUUUCUUGGUGAGGAGGAGGAAGAAGAAUUAUGUGAAUACCCAGAUGACGAAGAUUCAGAACAAAGAAUGCAAGAUCUAUGGCAAGAAAUUGAAAACGCUGGCGAUGAUGAAGAAACGAUAAAACUUAAGAAAGAAAUAGGAGAAAAAUUCUGCCAAAAAUAUCCAAAAGAUUUUGCAAAACAAAAAGCUUUUAUUGAACGUAUCAAUGGAAUGUCCUAUGACCAGGUUUCAAGAAUUAGUGAUAAUCUAAUGGAAAAAAUGUACAACAUUUUAUAA